GCAUUGAAAAUUCUUAGCUUGACCUAAUCGCGAAUGGCAAUUUAGGGUUUAUCGAUCGAGCGCCUUGCUGGAUGGCAGUGCAGGCCGGAAUGGCGACAUCCAAGCUCAUCAUUCUCCUUGGAGCAGGGAUGACUGGCUCGAUUCUUAUAAAGAAUGGGAAGCUCUCGGAUUUCUUCAAGGAUCUUAGCAAGGUUUUCUCGAAGCACUUGAAAGAGGAUGACAAGGAUGAAGUGACGGAAACGCUGGCACAGCAAGUCCAGCGCUUGACCAACGAUCUAAGACAGUUAGCUGGCUCCAGGAACAUCACGGUUGUGAAUGCUCCUGGCACCUCUGGGCAGUCAAGUAAUCUUUCCUCUCUCGCCAUGCCUGCGCUCGUCAUUGGUGUUGCUGGAUAUGGAUACUUUUGGUGGAAGGGCUGGUCAUGGACGGAUGUCAUGUAUGUCACCCGUCGAAACAUGUCGAAUGUGGUUGCGAGCGUGUCAAAGCAACUAGAUCAAGUCUCGGCCGCUGUUACGGCAACGAAACGGCAUCUAACUUCACGGAUUGAUUCGGUCUCGAAAACUCUGGACGACAGUGUUGCGGUUCAGGGAUUGAUAAAGAACGAGGUGUUUGAAAUUCGUGGAGAUGUGGCUCGUGUUGGCGGGGAUAUUGGAGCUGUACAACAAAUUGUCGAGGGCUUGGGCAAUCAGCUCGACGAUGUACAAACCAAGCAGGACUUUACAAACCAAGGGAUUAUCUUGCUUUGUCAAUUUGCAAGGAGAUGGGAAGAGACUAGGCGCCAAGAACUGCCUGGGAUUUCUCCCAUCUUGAGUUUGCAGAACGGUGAAGCCAAGCCCGCUAGCGGUGUCGACAGCAUUCUACAGGGGCUACCUCCGCUGCCUAAAGCACGUCUAGAGCGAUCGGCAUCCGCUACUGGUUCAGGACUGAAGGAACUCCAGUUCAUCUCCGAUGCGCUUUCUGGAAACUCUGGCGAUAGCUCCAAGCUCCAGAGGACAUUGACACCGAACUUGUCAUUCAGGCUGCAAAAGACUUGAAUAUGUGUAUAAAUCCACGGAGGAGAAUCUGGCGGUGGUAGCAGUGGCAGCGAGCUCUUUUCAUUCUUCUUUUCUGGACGCCAGGCAACUCGGGCACAUGUUAGGAGCGAAGUUCUUUGACAAAACAAUGGCGAAGUUCUUCGAGAAAACAAUGGAGGAAGUGAGAUCCAAGAGCUUGCCUUGUCAAAAGUAACAGUUUUGCUACGUGAUGGCGCUACUGAGCUAAGAUCCCGGGAGAGAAAAAAAAAUGGAACCAAAAAAAAUCUUGUUGUAAGUAGUAUAUGAUAUCUGGGAGGAGGCAAGACCAGAGUAAAAAACCGCGAAGACCAGAGUAAAAAACGCGAAGAAAUGCGAAGAGUCAAUCCAGAGGCAUGUGGGAAGUCCAGUUCUUACGGCGGGGACAUAUGCCGCGAAUCGGGCUCGCCCAGUGAGAUCUCGCCACGUCAUGCAGGGAUAUUCGAAUUUAAAAUUAAAUAUGCUUUCUUCCAUCUUU